UGCUGACCCACCUCUUCAUAGGUGUUACCCAGGAGGGCUCCGCCCAGCCCUCUCUUGGAGCCGACCAGGAAGUCCCAUCUGUGCUGCAGAGACUGCUGGGCCCUGAGGCUCCAGGCCCUUCUGCAGGGGACUUUGCCAGCCCCACCCCUGGCCCCAGGGAACCACUGGCAUUUCAGGAGGCUGGCCCCCAGGCCCCAGAAGCUUCGGGCACACCUGCAGCUGAGACCCCAGAGGUGCCACAACCUCUCAUCCGGGAAGUCCUGGAGCAGGAGACGGUGACUGGUUCUGGGGCCCAGGGACGGACCAUCCCCAUCCGGGUGGAGGGUGCUGCCUGGCCAGGGGCAGGUGCCGGGCACAUGCUCUGGGAUGUCCACAGCCAUGUAGUCACAGAGACCACACAAAGGACCUAUGUGUACCAGCCCGUCGACACCAGUGCUACAAGUUCAAGGCCCCCAACCAUGCAGGUGACCAUUGAAGAUGUGCAGGUCCAGGCGGGUGGUACGGCACAGUUUGAGGCUGUCAUUGAGGGGCACCCACAGCCCACUGUGACAUGGUACAAGGACGGUGUCCAACUGGAGGACAGUGCCCGACUGAGCCAGCAGAAGGAUGGCACCACUCACUGCCUGCUACUGAAGGAUGUGGUCCAGCAAGAUGCAGGUGUCUACACCUGUCUCGCACACAAUGCUGCUGGCCAGGUGCUCUGCAAGGCGGAGCUGCUGGUCCAUGGGGGAGACAGUGAGCCAGAUUCAGAAGAGCAGAGCCGUCGGAGGAAGCUGCACUCCUUCUACGAGGUCAAGGAGGAGAUUGGCAGAGGCGUGUUUGGCUUUGUGAAAAGGGUACAGCACAAAGGAAAUAAGGUAUUCUGUGCUGCCAAGUUCAUCCCCCUGCGGAGCAGAACUCGGGCCCAGGCGUACCAGGAGCGAGAUAUCCUGGCCACGCUCAGCCACCCGCUGGUCACUGGGCUGCUGGACCAGUUUGAGACCCGGAAGACCCUCAUCCUCAUUUUGGAACUGUGCUCAUCGGAGGAGCUGCUGGAUCGCCUCUUCAAGAAGAGCGUGGUGACAGAAGCCGAGGUCAAGGUCUACCUCCAGCAGUUGGUGGAGGGACUGCACUAUCUGCACAGCCACGGGGUCCUCCACCUGGACAUAAAGCCCCCCAAUAUCCUGAUGGUGCAUCCUGCUCGGGAAGACAUUAAAAUCUGCGACUUUGGCUUUGCCCAAAAAAUCACCCCUUCAGAGCCACAGUACAGCAAGUACGGCUCUCCAGAGUUCGUGUCCCCCGAGAUCAUUGAGCAGACCCCUGUAAGCGAGGCUUCUGACAUCUGGGCCAUGGGGGUCAUCUCUUACCUCAGCCUGACCUGCUCCUCCCCGUUUGCGGGAGAGAGUGACCGUGCCACCCUGCUGAACGUGCUGGAGGGGCGGGUGUCCUGGAGCAGCCCCAUGGCUGCCCACCUCAGUGAGGACGCCAAGGACUUCCUCAAGGCCACGCUGCAGAGGGCCCCAGGGGCCCGGCCCAGUGCCUCCCAGUGCCUCACCCACCCCUGGUUCCUGAAAUCCAUGCCUGCGGAGGAGGCCCACUUCAUAAACACCAAGCAGCUCAAGUUCCUCCUGGCCAGGAGCCGCUGGCAGCGCUCCCUGAUGAGCUACAAGUCCAUCCUGGUGAUGCGCUCCAUCCCAGAGCUGCUGCGGGGCCCACCCGACAGCCCCUCCCUGGGAGUGGCCCGGCACCUGCGGGCAGAAGCCAGCGGCUCCUCCAGCUCCUCCUCCUCGGACAAUGAGCUCGCUCCGUUUGCCAGGGCCAAGUCACUGCCAUCCUCGCCCGUGACCCAUUCCCCGCUGCUGCACCCACGGGGCUUCCUGCGGCCCUCUGCCAGCCUGCCGGAGGAGGCAGAGGCCCCACCAGCCUCACAGCAAAGCACAGGGCCCCUGGCAGCCCCCGGCUGCGUCCCCCGGCACAGCGUCAUCAGCAGCCUGUUCUACCAGCAGGCAGGCGAGGGCCCUGAGCAAGGCGCCCUGGCCCCUGGAGGCCGCCGACACGCGGCCCGGAGGCGGCACCUGCUCAAGGGUGGGUACUUCGCCAGGGCCCUGCCUGGUCUGCGUGAGCCGCUGAUGGAGCACCGCGUGCUGGAGGAGGAGGCUGCCAGGGAGGAGCAGGCCGCGCUGAUAACCAAGACACCCUCCUUUGAGACGGCCCUGCGCCUGCCCAGCGCCAGUGCCCCUGAGACCCCCGGCCGUAGCCACUCGCUGGACCAAGACCCUCCAAGUGCCAUCAGCCCCUUGAGUGAGGCCUGCAGUGAAGGACAGUGUCCUCCCACAGCCUCUACAGGGGAGGCUGGUGGAGAGAGAGACCAGAAGCCCCUGAAAGGGCCCAGUCUGUCUCCAUCACCUGCUAGAGACUCAGGGCCUGCUCAGCAAGCGGGGUCGUCCAGGCUGGGGCAGGAGGCUCCUUAUUGUCACCCUGAGCAGGGUUCUGCCCCCCAAAAGGGCUGUGGCCCAGUGUCACCACAAACUCAUGGCUCUUUGCCUCCAGGGUCUGUCAAGGAGAUACUUCUGGAGCCCCCCUGCCCCGCCCAAACAAGCUCCCUGCCAGGCUCUAAGAAGGAGCCUGGCAGCAUCUCUCGACCUGGGGGGCCUUGGACCAGCUCCUCCAGCUCCCUGGAACCAACCUGCCCCACAGGCAUGGAGUCCAGCCCUUCCCUGGACACUGGCAGCCUGUCCCAGGAGGCUGAGCAUUCCCCUGACCCAACACCCCCCUUACCAAGGCCUCAGGAGCAGGCCACCACCCGGAAGUUCUCCCUGGGGUACCGUGGGGGCUAUGCGGGGGUGGCGGGCUAUGGUACCUUUGCCUUUGGUGGGGAUGCAGGGGGCAUGCUAGGACAGGGUCCCUUGUGGGCCAGGAUGGCCUGGGCCGUAUCCCAGUCCUCCGAGGAGCAGGACGAAGCUGGAGUGGGAAGCCCUCAACCCCAGGCCGACUUGGGGCCAGUGCCUGAGACCAGAGGGGCUACCCUGAGGGCUUCCCCAGAGCUGACCUCGUGGGAGCAAGAUGGGCAGGUGUCCCUGGUGCAGAUCCGGGACCUGUCAGGGGAUACAGAGGCUGCCGACACUGUGUCCUUAGACAUUUCAGAGGUGGAUCCCGCCUACCUCAACCUCUCUGACCUGUAUGACAUCAAGUAUCUCCCAUUCGAGUUCAUGAUCUUCAGGAGGGUCCCCAAGCCCUGGGAGCAGCCAGAGCCGCCCUCUCCUGAGGCUGAGGCUGGGGAGGAGCUGGCAGAGUUCCCUGAAGCUGCGUGGCCCUGGCCGGGGCAGCUGGGCCUUCGAGCUGGCCUGGAGAUCACAGAGGAGCCGGAGGACCUGGAGGCACUGCUGGGGGAGGCUGCGGCCAGCAGAAAGCGCAAGUGGUCCCCCUCCCGUGGCCUAUUCCAGUUCCCCGGGAAGUGUCUGCCGCUGGAGGAACCCCUGGAACUUGGGCUGCGCCAGAGGGUGAAGGCUUCCAUGGCUCACAUCUCCCGGAUCCUGAAGGGCAGGCCGGAAGGCCUGGAGGAGCCCCCCAGAAAGAAGGCAGGCCUGGCUUCCUUACGGCUGUCAGGUCUGAAGGGCAGGGACCAAGCACCAACCUUCCUGAGGGAGCUCUCAGAUGAGACCGUGGUCCUGGGUCAGUCGGUGACACUGGCUUGCCAGGUGUUAGCCCAGCCAGCUGCCCAGGCCACCUGGAGUAAAGAUGGGGCCCUCUUGGAGAGCAGCGGCCACCUCCUCAUCUCCUCCACCCUGAAGAACUUCCAGCUGCUGACCAUCUUGGUGGUGACUGCUGAGGACCUGGGCAUGUAUACCUGCAGUGUGAGCAACCCUCUGGGCACAGCAACCACCACGGGCGUACUCCGGAAGGCAGAGCGCCCCUCGUCUUCCCCACGCCCGGACAUUGGGGAGGUUUACACAGACAGGGUGCUGCUGGUCUGGAAGCCCGUGGAGUCCUAUGGCCCUGUGACAUACAUCGUACAGUGCUGCAUAGAAGGUGGUGCCUGGACCACCCUGGCCUCUGACAUCUUCGACUGCUGCUACCUCACCAACAAGCUGUCCAGGGGCGGCUUGUAUACCUUCCGGACAGCAUGCAUCAGCAAGGCAGGAAUGGGCCCCUGCAGCAGCCCCUCAGAGCAGGUCCUCCUGGGAGGACCCCGCCACCUGGCCUCAGAGGAGGAGAGUGGCCAGGGGCGGCCAGCCCCGCCCCUCCCCAGCACCAGGAACUUCGCCUUCCAGAUGCAGAUCCGGAGGGGCCGCUUCAGCGUGGUCCGACAGUGCAGGGAGAAGGCCAGCGGGCGGGCCCUGGCCGCCAAGAUCGUUCCCUACAGGCCUGAGGACAGGGCAGCGGUGCUUCGGGAAUACGAGGCGCUCAAGAGGCUGCGCCACCCGCACCUGGCCCAGCUGCAUGCUGCCUACCUCAGCCCUCGGCACCUGGUGCUCAUCCUGGAGCUGUGCUCUGGGCCCGAGCUGCUCCCAUGCCUGGCUGAGAGGACCUCCUACUCAGAAUCCGAGGUGAAGGACUACCUCUGGCAGAUGCUGAGUGCCACCCGGUACCUGCAUGCCCAGCAUAUCCUGCACCUGGACCUAAGGUCUGAAAACUUGAUGGUCACCGAGUACAACCUGCUCAAGGUUGUGGACCUGGGCAAUGCCCAGAGCCUCACGCAGGAGAAGGUGCUGCCCUCUGACAACUUUAAGGACUACCUGGAGACCAUGGCUCCGGAGCUCCUGGAAGGCCACGGGGCUGUUCCUCAGACAGACAUCUGGGCCAUUGGUGUGACAGCCUUCAUCAUGCUGAGCGCUGAGUACCCCGUGAGCAGCGAGGGGACACGCGACCUGCAGAAGGGCCUGCGCAAGGGACUCAUCCGGCUGAGCCGCUGCUACGCAGGGCUGUCAGGUGGCGCUGUGGCCUUCCUGCGCAGUGCACUGUGCGCCCAACCCUGGGGCCGGCCAUGCGCCUCCAGCUGCCUGCAGUGUCCCUGGUUGACCGAGGAGGGACCCGCCGCCUCCCGGCCAGCGCCAGUGACCUUCCCCACUGCGCGGCUGCGCGCCUUCGUGCGCGAGCGCGAGAGGCGGCGUGCGCUGCUGUACAAGAGGCACAACCUGGCCCAGGUGCGCUGAGUGCCAGCCCUGCAGAAGCGCGUGUGUGGGGUCGCUCCGCUGGGCCACGCAACGCACAGACGUACCAAUAAAAGUGCGAAUCCGA